CCCAUCAUAGCUUAUUGUGUUUUUUCCAGCCAUUAUCAUAGAAAGGGAGGUGGAAAUGUGGUCAGCAAAGCAGGGAUUUAUCUUUACUGUAUUCAGCUUUAAUGUGCAGCAAUAAUGGCAAGAAAGACAGUGAGUAGGUGCAGAAAAGUAAACGGUUAAUCUGGUCCAGUGGUCUGGUGGGAGAUAAUCAUUGUGAGUUUUCCUGUGGACUCUAAAAAAUGAGCAGUAUAAAGGAAAGAGCGACUAUUCGGCAGCAGAGCUCCGAGAAUAACUCUGUGAGCAGCAGUGAGUGGGACAUGGCAAACGAUGUGUUUGUGUCCGGUUUUGACGACAGCGCGAUAGCGGACAGCAUCGGUGAUGGGGACCAGGAGUCGGCACAGUCCAGCUUACUGGACACGCGUCUGCCCUUGGAUGGGAUGAUGUUGGGCCUGGAUCGGGUUGAAUAUUCUGCCUCAUCCUAUCUGGAUUUCGAGCCAAACUACACGGAAAGCGAUGGCAACCUUACAACCAAAAAGCGCAUCCGGUCCAACAGCUCCCGGCACCGCGGUGACAUCGUCACAGAGCUGGGGCCAGAGGAGGUCCGCUGGUUUUACAAAGAGGACAAACGGACGUGGAAGCCUUUCGUCGGACACGAUUCUUUAAAAAUCGAGAUCAUCUACCGGCGGCUCGUUGACCAGAACCAGGAUAAGGCCGUGGAUCCCAAUGAAGCCGACGAAAAGGAGACAGCCGGGUCCUCUGAGCUGCAGCCGGAAAGCUCGGCCGUGGACAGUGCAAGUUUCAGGGCGGAACCGACGGUGCAACAGCUCUCAGUGUCAGAGCAAAUCACAGAGCCGGUCCACAACGGCGGCACCAGCGUGGAGGCAGUGUGUGUCAGAGGGGGCCUUUAUGAAGUGGAUAUCAAAGAAAAGGAAUGCUACCCUGUUUAUUGGAACCAGCAAGACCGAAUUCCUGUGAUGAGGGGCCAGUGGUUCAUUGAUGGAACUUGGCUUCCACUGGAGGAGGAUGAGAGUGAUCUGAUUGAGCAGGAACACCUUUUAUGCUUCCGGGGGCAACAGAUGAGGGACACCUAUGAGAUUGAGGCAGUGACCACCACAGUGGACAGCAAGGACGCUAUCCACAGUCUGAAGCUGAACAGGAGUCAUGUGGACUGGCACAGUGUGGAUGAGGUGUAUCUGUACAGCGAUGCCACCACCUCGAAGAUUGCACGUACUGUCACUCAGAAACUGGGCUUCUCUAAAGCCUCUAGCAGUGGGACACGUCUCCAUCGAGGGUACGUGGAAGAGGCUGCACCUGAAGACACCCCACCUGAAACCACACACAUUGUAUUUGUGGUGCAUGGGAUUGGCCAGAAGAUGGACCAGGGUCGCAUUAUCAGGAACACCAGCAUGAUGAGAGAUGCUGCCAGAAAGAUGGAGGAGAAACACUUCUCAGAUCGCACCACAGAGCAUGUAGAGUUCCUUCCUGUGGAGUGGAGGUCCAAACUGUGUCUCGAUGGAGACACAGUGGACUCCAUCACUCCAGACAAGGUUAGAGGUCUAAGAGACAUGUUGAACAGCAGUGCCAUGGACAUCAUGUACUACACAAGUCCUCUGUACAGAGAUGAGAUUACCAGGGGAUUGACUCUGGAACUGAAUCGUCUGUACUCACUCUUCUGCUCACGGAACCCAGACUUUGAGAAAAAUGGGAAGGUGUCCAUAGUGUCUCACUCACUGGGCUGCGUCAUCACCUUUGACAUAAUGACAGGCUGGGAUCCAGUUCACUUUCAUCAUCCAGAAGCCCUAGACCCAGAGGAUACACGGAUCCACUGGCCAACUGAUGAAAAGCACCACCUUCAGGAGCAACUGAGACUAACGCGCCUCAGGUUGAGGGACUUAGAGGAUCAAUUCCAGGGUCUCCAGACUUCGUCUUGUGUUCCAGUGCCCGCCUUGAAAUUCAAGGUAGAGAAUUUCUUCUGCAUGGGGUCUCCUCUGGCUGUAUUCUUAGCAUUACGAGGAAUCCGUCCUGGAAACAACGGCAUGCAGGACCACAUCCUUCCAAAAUCUAUCUGCAAUCGCCUCUUUAACAUAUUCCACCCUACAGACCCUGUGGCAUACAGACUGGAGCCUCUAAUCAUAAAGCACUACAGUAACGUUGCACCUGUUCAGAUCCACUGGUACAACACUACCAACCCAGCACCGUAUGAUCUGAUACGGCCCACGCUACUCAAUCCCCUGAAGGAGACUGUGUCUGUCUCAGAUUCAGAGAGCAUCCCUAGCCCUUGCACGUCUCCGCCCCAGCCCCGGCGCCACUAUGGAGAGUCAAUCACCAGCCUGGGCAAGGCCAGCAUCAUGGGUGCUGCAAGUCUCGGAAAGGGAAUUGGAGGAAUUCUAUUUUCCCGCUUUUCCCGUUCCAGCGGCCAGGUGGGUGGAGUGGAGGAGGAGCCAUCAGAUUCUGAGAGUGGUACCUCUGAAGUUAAAAAUGUGGCAACAGGAGAGGAAGAAGUAGCAAUGGCAGAGAAAGAAGAAAAGGACAAACAAAUAAUGGACGAGAGGAGGGAGGCGGAGCCUGCCAUGUCCCAGUCCACCUCAGCUGUCAUGGACAUCACCUCAUUGGAAUUGGAGAGACGCAUCGACUUCGAGCUGCGGGAGGGCUUAGUAGAAAGCCGCUAUUGGUCAGCUGUGACUUCACAUACAGCCUAUUGGUGCUCUUAUGAUGUGGCUCUGUUUCUCCUCACCUUUAUGUACAGACAACAUGAGCUUCCUGAACCUGCUGAAGACAACUCAGACACCACAUAAGUGCAAAGUGAGAGUGGGACCUGUACACCUGAGUCAAUUUUCUUUCUUUUUCCAACAUUUGAAAUCCAAAUUCAAUUUCAAAAAUGUUGGGAUGCUGUAUAAAAUGUAAAUGAAAACAGAAUUUUCAAAUUUCAAAUCCCGUUUUAUUCACAAUGCAACAAAGAAAACAUAUCAGAUGUUAAAACGGAGAAAAUUUACCAUAAAAAAACCAAGGCCUUUUUAAUUUUAUUGUAGCCAAGUCUCAAAAAAGUUUGCACAGUUUCGUGUUUACCACUGUGCGCUACCUUUUCUGCAAAGGUCUGUAGUAGCUGGACUUCUGCGAGAGGAAUGCUGCCUCAUUCUUGUCUGAUAGAUCUAUGUUGUGUUGCUCUAAAACCUCUAUAUACAUUUCAGCAUUGAUGGUGCCUUCCCAGUUACACAGGUUGCCAAUUACAUAGGCACAAAUGAACCCCUGUACCAUCAGAAAUGCAGGCUUUUAACUGGGUGCUGAUAACAAGUUGGGUGACGCCUCUUAUCAUUAGUCCUGAGGAUAUGGUAUUCAUGUUUUCCAAAAACAAUUUCAAAUUUCUGUUGUCUGUUCACAGAACGUUUUUCUACUUUGUCUAUUCUGAGACAAAGAAUGGACUGAGACUGUCUUCUCUGAGCUUUGACCCAGUUCAUAUAUGGCUUCUUUUUUGCAUAAUAGAGCUUUAAUCUGCAUAUGUAGAUGGCACAACAAACUGUGUUCAGACAGUGAUUUCUGGAAGUGUUCCUGAACCAUGCAGGGAUUUCCAUGACAGAAUUAUGUUUGGGGGCCUAAAGAUCACCAAUCUCAUAAAUCCUUGAGAAGACUGCUGUUGUAAUUUGGUACUAUAUAAAUUAAAAUUAAGUCACUCUAACCCCUAACCACUAACCCUCUGAUGGCGGCUUGUUGUUGGAUCACUGCUGUAUAGUUCCAUCUCCUUUGCAACGAAUAUAUGUGUAGCAUGGCUUCUUUAAUGGUUCCUCCUCCUUUAGUAAUAGCGAUACUAAAUGUAGCCUGUUUGUAGUUUUGGAGACCCAGCACUGCACCCUUGAAAAUCAUGUACCUAGCCAGGCCCUGUAGUUGGUGUGGGAGAAGGUAGUUUUACAAAUGUGUGCCUUAAAGCAGAUAUCCCAUAAGCCAGAGAGGAGAUGGUGUUUCGACACUGUGUCAAGCUUGUGAAGUGCAGAUGUUUUGAAACACUGCUCCGAAGCAUGGUUCAAAACACCCGGGUCACAUUACCACGACUAAACAAGGUUUUGGUGCACUUCACCCCAGUUUCAACCGGUGCCAAACCUGCUCCUUCUAGGCAUUACAAGGCACCAGGAUUCCAAUGUUUCAAGAAUCAGAGUCAUUUGUAAUUACUGAAUUAAUGUUUAUGAUACUAUUACUUCAAUUUAUGACACACGCAUGUGUAAAAGAAAACAAUAUCCUCUCUUCUAUUAUUAUUUUUGCUGUGAAUUGUGAAGCCCAAUAUGGAUUAUCCAAGCACUUAAACACUGGAAUCUAUAGUGUAAUCAAUCCAAUAUUAUAUUGGUAUAUGCAUAAUAUGUAAAGACCUCUUGUGAAUGAUUACUAGCAUCAAGACAGAGACUGGUGGCUUCUAGCACGAAGCUGACACUAACACCUGGAAAGCUUCAAAAUCAACCAAAGACAUCCAAAGUUUGAAGGCUUUGAGGAAAAAACGAGACAGACUGAGCUCCAGACAGCUGGAAACCUCUGUGGUUAUUCCAGUAAACACAGCAGUCUUUUCUCAGAAUGAUUUACUUUGUAAAUUAAGUUGCUGAAAACAACAGGACUCUUUACAGAGGAAGAAUUUUGCUGAUCACUAUAGUCACAGGCUGCCAUCUUUAACUGUGCCAAUAUUUUUCUGGCCUUCAAAAUAAUUAUUAACAGUCUGGUAUAAUAAGUAGCUUUGUUUGGAAUUGUGCAGAGCUUGUCUGUGCCACUGUAGUGUACUGGUGUAGUGAAAGUUGGCCAGCAGAUGUCAUCAUGGAGACAGGUUUCAUUUGUUUCAAAGCCUCAAUACAACUCCGGCACAAAUGCUUUGAGUGUUUCAGUGUUUCAGAAAGUCUCACUUUGCCCAUCUAUAGGUUUGAUUUACCGCAUUAAAACUGCCCUAACACACAACAAACACAGGGGACAUAACUACUGGCUGAUCAGUCCAGGAUGACACAUAAGGUAAUAACAAAUACUAACAAAUUAUGUAACACCAAACAAAACAAAAUAACUGUUAGUUUAAUAACCUCUUCAAAUCAAUAAUAUUCAACAGAAGACAAAGUAAAUAGACAACUCAUAAGUCAAAUAUAAUAUAUAUAACUUAAAAUUAAUUAUAUAUUCUCCACCAUGUAAGAGGUGCACUUGGUGUGGCCCAAUCAGCACUUCCUGUAUAUAAGCAUCCCAGAAUGCAUUUUUUUUUUCCCCAACUUCAGUUGUGUUGCUGCACAUGCAGCUGUCACAAGCCUGGAAAGGUUUGUUCUGUUGUCUUAUGUGGAAAAUUGUGAGAUGCCCAUGUUUUUGUUCUUUUCUACAUCACCAUCAUUUGAUGCGUCAAGUUCAGAUUAACCAUGGCAGAAUUGCUACUGUAAAGGGGGACACAAUUAAAAGGACUUCAUGGUCAAUAUGGGCAGGAGAAAUAACUGCAGCCACAAAGGUUUGUCCUUUAUUAUUUAAGAAAAAAAAGUCACUUAAUGUUAUAGCAGCCUGGGUGUUUUAUUAUCAUGUUGAAAUUGAAUACUGAUUGUGUCACUAAUGGCGUAACUCUCUGCAAAAUAUUUGUGAGUUGCCUUGGAGGUGAUACAGCUUGAAUCCUCACUGUAAUCAGUACUAUUACAUAAAAUAUAAUAAAUAAAAAUAUGAAAAAAAUAUAUAUUUAUAAAAUAAAAAUGAAAUUAUAAUAUACAUAAAUGACCCUUCUAUCAGAACAGAGGCAAAAAGGCAAAAUAUAACAGUGAAUUACAACAAUGCCUAGUGUGAAUCUGUGAAUUCUGUGUUACCCAGAGAAUACCUUUGUGCACCAAUUCAAUUUUAAACAAUUUUCUUAAAGCAUGCAAUGGAGAUGUGCCAUGUACAUUAGCUGAACUGUAAAGACACAAGCAUGCAGAGAAGCUGACACUAACACCUGACACUAAAUUUGCUAAUGUACUAUGCAUAAAUUAGAAUUCAGAGAAAAGUUUAACCUGCCAGUUAAAUGUUUUAAACUUGUUUUCACUGAUCCCUUGUAAUAUGUGUUUGCACCUUUUUUUUUUUAGUUAAAACCUAAUAUAUGUGAUGUCCUAUAUAUGCAUCGAUGUAGAGAAUUUGGAGGCCUACAGAAAUUAGGAGACAGCUAACAACAACAAAAAAACAGUUUCAACCAAGACAGGUCUAAGUUCUGCACAGUAAGGAUAAAUAUUAAUGAAAUCCUUUCUGUGUGUAGAACAGUUCUGAAUUUGAGAACAGGUUGUUGUUUGUUUUUGCAUUUUUAACUUGUACCUUAAAAAGUCCAGUCAGCUUGUCAGUUUUCUUGAGUAGUCAUAAUAAUCCCCCAAACCUCUAUUCUGUUUUGUGGAUUUUUUGAUUUUUUUUUUUUAAAGGGUCAAAACAUACAAAAAGUACCCUUGGAUUCAAAUGUACUAUUAUUUUAAAUGUUUGUAAAAAUAUAGAGAUGUUUUCAUCAUCAGCUUAAUAUUGAAUAAAAUCAGACCUAAUAUCAAAUAUGUUGGACAUGAAAUAUUAUGUUUUCUAAAAAUUGUUAGGAAAAGGCCCUAAAUGUCUUGAUGAUGUGGGGUGGCCAAAUACUCUGCAUUGCUGUAAAAGGUAGCAUAGCAAGGAUACAUGGUAAAUGGAAGAAGGUUUUCAUGAAUGAUGCAUGAUGAUACAUACUGUAUGACUUUAAAUCAUAGAAUCAUUAGACUGCAUUAUUAACAGAACUGGGUGGCAGACUGCCCCUUAAGAAUCACUGAUGCUGCUGAUGGUGGUCCCCUCUGCUGCGGGUAUGUUUUGCGUUGGAAUGUGACUGGAGGCCUUUCUCCUUUUCUGCAUUACCCUGGAAGCAAAAUGAAAACUCUAACAAUAUUGAGAAUUAAAAGGUUACCAUAUCACAUUCAGAAACAGAAUAUGUCUUUUGGACCCAUCAACCAUACUGUUUACAUUUUGUACAGUGACAUCUUUUUCAGCCUUUUUUUUUAUUUUAAUAAAUGUAGUUAUGUCAAAUAUUACUUUGCAGCUGAUGAAAUGAUAAGUCUAGCUAACACCAUGUUUCUGUCUAGCUACCCACUUCUGCCUACAUUGUACAGUUCCUUCAUGAUUGAUGUGGCUCUUAAUCGAUUCAUGUUUUUUUUUCCAUUUUAUGAUUA